UUGGAAAUUUGAAAUGGAAAAUAGUUAAACCGCGCGACUUGACCGGCGACUCCACUCCCAAUCCGCCCAGUCACCGGCGCGCACCACUCCAGACUCGGCUGGGCCAGUGUUGCCUCCCGCCUUCAGAGAUGGGUAGUGAAGGGUUUAACAGUAGUAAAUGGCCCGGGCUGGUUAGACAACACAAUACCAAGAGAGGCAGCUUCUCAGAUAGCAAACGAUGUGACGAAAGAAAGCUGGUUCAAUCCUCAGAAGCAGCUUCCGGACGGAAGUCGGUAUUAUUACAAGAUUGGUGGCUGAUCAAAGCAGGUCCAGAUACUCAUGGCAAACGAAUAGGCAUUGGAGGGUCCACUUUGGAAGGAAACCGAGGAAUACGGUGUUUCUCCUCUGCACCUAUAGUCAAGAGACGUGAUGCUGUUACUCUUGAGACGGAUGAUGGCAUAGCCCUAAUGGUCCAUGGAUUUCUCAAUAGGUCUCGCACACUCGAAAAUGGCUUCUCUCAGGAGAUUUGUGAUCAUUUUCUGAUUGGGUUUCCUUAUUACUGGGAAGAGUUUGCUGCCCUGUCUGAAAGUGAAGAGCCAGUCUAUUCUUGUGCUUCACCCUCUGAUGCAUACAAGACUCCAGACCGAGUAGUCCGUGGAAGCAAUUUGAUGAGUGGGAAUACUAAUGAUGCUAUAUUGACUGAAGCAUCAAGUGCAAAGAAGCAAAAAACUGGUGUGCAGAUACAGAGCAUGGAUUCUGCUGGUGGUCCGUUAACAAGAAGUAAAGCUCGAUUGAUGGCAACUAAGAAGAGCAGGAACAAGUGACUCGAACAACAAGUGGGUGUUCUGGGGAAUGAGUGCACAGUGAUAGUAAACAGGUCAGAAUUCCUAGCUGAAUCCACACAAAGUAACUAGGUUUGGCUGAGAUUGAGAAUGUUCAAAUAUAUAACUGAAGCAUGCCAGGACUUCUAACAGCUGUCCACUUAUGCGUCUGGCAGCAGAGCUCCUUAUAGCGUUAUGACUGCUAAUUUCAGUAAUUUGUAAAGAAAUGUAGUUCACGGUGUUUAUAUAUUAGAUGCUAAAAAUGGUGUUCCUCUCUCAUCGAUGAAGUUGUACAAACUUAAAUCCUUGUUUUUCCCCUGCUGAUGAAAUGAAAUCUGAUCAAUAUUCUCACAA